AUGCCAGUAAUCCUCAAGCAGCCUCCGCGCACGACAUCGCGCACGCCCACCAUCAUAGCCGGACACUCUGCAACUCAAACUCUCGAACCUUAUCUGGGCGCCCCAAUAAGUGAUCUGAAUGUCAAUAACAUCACAAAUGUCACAAACACCUCGCCCCGGACUAUACCCAUUGUGGUAGAUGUGCGAAAUCAAAUCCCUCCCCCGCCUGUAAAUGCAACUGCUACAGUAUACAAUACCACUCUCACUCCCCAAGAUACCCCGUUGACCAGCCCCAAUGCAAAAUGCGAUAACGAUACCGGAUUCGACCGCGAGCAAUGUUACUCGCAACCAAGUUAG